GCAGUACCUAAUUUCAGACUGUAGGGUUGACAUUUACACAUGUCCUCCCGAGUUUAUGGAACCGCCCCCGAAGUAAAACAGUAAGAAAAGUGUUAUGGGACUACACAAACUAUUGCGGGUCAUGUUGUGGUGGAUUGUGAUCGGAGCUAUUCACACUUCCGAUGGGUUGAAGGUGUUUGAAUUCUGCUCUGGGAAGAAGUUUUUCAUCCCAGACCACAUCAUGUCACGUGCCCCUCUCGGCUCUUACAUAUAUUUCACACCCAUCACUCCAGAGGCCAAAACACGGAUGGUGAUGAAUGUGACUCAGUCCCUGGACCCACACUAUAAGUAUAAGCAUGAAACGGUCUUCAUAUCGGAGUUGACAGACAGAGACCAGGGGAUUUUUUCAUGGUCACGUCAUAAUUCCAAAAAAUCUACUGACUUUCUUAAACUUAUAAUGAAAGACUGCACUGAGGAAAUGGAGGUGUACUACGGAAACCAGUUGGAGAUUUUCCCGAUGAAACGUGCUAUGGUGCUGGAGUUCUCUCCCCUUCUGGGGCCAUCAGACACACAGAUACUGUGGAGACCGGGCCAGACUAGCAGGCGGUGGUCUGCAGAUGUCGUCACCUCAGACCAACAGGGCAACUACACCUUACGAGGUCGCCUCGGGGUGGAGCUGCGGAAGAUACGCGUCACUGUGAUUGCUAAAACUAUGGAAGUCAGUGUUGAAGGAGAGGGGAGUCUGAUCAUCCGCUUCCCCAUCCCCACAUCCAAGUCAGUCAUCAGCUUCACAGACCAGUCCGGCAUGGAGCAUGUGCUUUACCAGAUGGGUAUUGAGAGCGUCGAUGUGCUCUAUAGUCUGCAUCUUGACGGUCGGGUCUCACUGCAGGACCACCCCUCAGGUUCUAGUGUCCGGAUCGAAGACUUGAGACCAAGCGAUGCAGGAACCUAUGAGGUCCGAGACUCGCAUGGCCAUCUGGUCGUUAUUGCCACCCUGGAGAGUCAAGAAAGCCCUUUAUCCUUUUUAAAAUAUUAUAUAGUGGCUGCUGUUUUUCUCUGCCUUGUCAUAUGCUGCUGUGUAUGCAAGUGCUGCUGUAGGAGGUGCAGCCAGUCAUCUAAAGCAGCCGGCACCCCCAAGCAAAGCCCAGGCCUGUACGAGGUAGCUGACUCAGAGGGUCGUUCCGAGGUGCCGCGGAGUUCCCUAAUUGAUGCCCCUGCACAGAAUCCUCUCAGGCUUUCUUAUGGUGUACCUUCUUUCUCUCUACCUUCUCUCUCUCUACCGCCUCUCUCCGUCUCAGGCCUGUACGAGGCUCCAGAUGUGCAGGUGGGGGGCACUCCACUGUACCCCAUCACCUCCAACCUUUCACCCUCAUCGGACGCGGCACCCGCCUUCCAGCCCACGAGGGGGAACGGAGACUCGCUUGACUUCCUGAGCACGGAGGUGCUCCCCGCCACCGUCUACACCUCGGAGCAGCUCAGUUUCCUCUAGUGCAAGGUCGGUGACUCACCCAGCGACUGCCUUCAGGGAAUACAGAUUCCUGCACUCCAGAACCUCCAACACUCGACCAGAUAGCGACAAGGACCAUGUCCGUCUGCCAGCAGCUGCAUAUACUGUGUGCUAGCAACAGGGGAAAAAUGUAUGUUUGUAUUUACGGCAGGGAUGCAUUUACAGUAUAUGUAAUACAUAAACACACAUACACACACAAACACACACACACAAACCAACCCUUAGGGGAAAUGCUGCAUGUUCAUUGAACAUUUUAUUUAUUUUAUUCGGUCAACUGAUUGCACUGUAUUUUAAGGGUAUAUGACAGAUAGCAAGUGUUAUACACACAUUCGAAUGGCCUCAGAAAGAGCACAUAACCGUGGGUGGUUAAUAUGUACUAUAUUUGACAGAUGUGUUUAUUAUUACUGUGUUAACUGUGUGUUUGUUUUCACACAUCACAGGUGAAUUAUAUCACUCUAUGUGACUGCACCACUUUUUAGUUGUUUUGUAUUAACUUGAGUCUUGUGUACAACAGGCCUUACCAGGCUGUUUUUUAUUAUUUGUGAAGAAAUGUAACACAUUUCAAA